AUGUAUGAGCCAUCGUCAACCCCCCAGAAGCCCAACCUCUUCACUCUCCCCCGAGAACUCCGCGAUCUCAUCUACGAAUUCGCUUGCGAAGGGUCUACCGCCAGCAUCAAAAGCAUCACCCCCAAUACGAGCAAGAGCACCCAAUUCGAUCCAAACGUCGCCCUCACCACGAGCAACUCCAACGUCAGCAUCCUCCAAGUCAGCAGCCAAAUCCGGCACGAGGUCGAGCCCAUCUACUACCGCCGCACCAUCUUCACUUUCUCCGACGCAAACGCCUGUAUCGCCUGGCUCAAACGCCGCGUACCGGGACCACUUCUCCGCCACCUCAGACACCUCCGAGUCGGGGACGUCAAAAGCCGCGAGACGCUCGAAGUCCUGAAGCAGAAGCAGUUGGAGGGACGCGAUGUGCUGCUGUUCGUGUUCGGAGCUGGCGCUAUCCGACAACAGGCGACGAGCACUCUGAAACUCACGCUGAACGAGCUGACUGAUGAGGGGUUGAAGCUGGGGCCGGGCGUUGUGCAGGUCGCGGUGUUGGGCAGCAACGACUGCGAGAUGGUGUGGACAGCGACGUUGGCGGAGAUCGCGAUGCCGUUCAUCGAUUAUUAG